AAAAACUAUUAUUUUCGAAUUUGACGUUUGUGGUUAGUUAUGUGGUUAUAUUAAAAUUAAUUAAAGAAGAAUUAUAUCUAGUCAUGAACCAUGAUUUUAUUAUUUCAUGCUGCAUACUUCUUAUUUAAGUUUCUUUUUAGAAAUUAUAAAUGCUUCCAAUUUCAUAGGCAGAAAUCAGCACUACUUGCUCUUCAGUGUACAUGUUCCAGUUUUGAAAAAACCCAAGAUGCUGAGAACAAUUUACUGUUUGAUCCUCCAGUUUAUAAGCAGAGAUACAGUGCAGUACAGCAAAUUCUCUUGGAUUAUAGGUGGAAGAAAUACAUGAGAAAAGUAGUCGAAUUUGGAUGUGCUGAAUUCAGAAUGUUUAUAUAUUUAAAGAACUUGUUGAGUAUUGAGAAAGUCGUUUUUGUUGAUAUUGCAGAAGAUAUUUUAGUGGAGAAUAGUUUUAAAAUAAAACCUUUAACUAUUGAUUACUUAAAAAGAAGAGCAAAUCCUUUGGUUGUGGAUGUUUAUGCUGGUAGUGUGUCAUCACCUGAUGCAAACUUAUUGCAUACUGAUGCUGUUAUUGCUAUAGAAUUGAUUGAACAUUUAUAUCCCGACACUUUGGAUGCUCUACCUUACAAUAUUUUUGCAUUUAUGCAGCCAAAAAUAGCUGUUUUUACUACUCCAAAUGCUGAUUUUAACAUACUGUUUCCAAAUUUUAAAAAGUUUAGACAUUAUGAUCAUAAAUUUGAGUGGAGCAAAGAGCAGUUUCAAUCAUGGGCAAUCAAUAUCACCCAUCGUUUUCCUCAAUAUACGGUUUAUUUCGAAGAUAUUGGCUUUGGCCCUAAGGGUACUGAACAUUUAGGGGCUUGUUCUCAAAUGGCUGUGUUCGUGAAAAGUUCGUUGGUGUAUGACUGGCCCUUUAAUCGAGCAUUAUCUCGUUUUGACAAGUCAUUUACAUUGAUUGAUCAAUCAAUUGGAAGCACGGACAAAAAUUCCCGAGUGAAAUACACUUGUUAUGAAUCUUAUGGUAUUUGUACAUAUCAAAGUUAUAGUGCUCCAAUGUACGAUUAUGAAAUUUUGCCAAAAAUCUGUGAUUACUCUGAAGGCAGCAUUAGUCAUUAUGAAGACACAUACUAUAAAUUUAUCGAAAGUAUCGAGUAUCCUUACAUCGCAGAAACAACUUCAUCUGAUGAGGUUUUAAUGAAUGAGAUACUGUAUAGUGUUCAUCUUCUUGGAAGAGUAAAUGGAAGAUAUUACAAUAAUGAUAGGGAAAGGUCAGAGAUUCCAUUACUAGACAUUGUCUGCAAUCAGCAAAGAUUUGUUACAUCCAUACCUGAAGUUAGUGCAGUACUCCAGAAAGCUGGCUAUAAACUAGAAUCAUGUGUUGACUCUUUUACAAACGAAACGAUACAAUGUGUAAUAUAUGAACCGGAAAUGGAAGCGAACAGCUCUUCGUCGUAUGCAGAAGAGUCUGAUUAUAUUGGUGAGAGCGAAUGGGAAAGUGUCGGAGAAAGCGAGAGAGGCUGGAAUAGAGUUGACGAUGGAGAGCAACAAUUUAUCGCAGACGCACAAAUUAACGCAGAAAACGUAGUAGAAGAAAUUAUUAAUAAAAUAGAUGAUGUUAACAGUAUACCGUCACAAUCUUCAAGUGAAUGGAACACUGAAGAAACCUGCACAAGUAAAGACACAACUAAAGAGUCGAGCCGUUGCAACUCAGAUUUUUUAGAUUUACAAACAAACGUUAUAGAAAUUGAGCAAGUAGUAGAAACUGGAUGCAAGCAUCCAAAAAUCGAGAUUCCAUCAAUUAUUCGUAAAAAAUACGAAAGUUCUCCUCUGUUAAAGACUAAAUUGGAAGGACACUUAAAAAUAGAUAUUACAAAAGAAAAUAGCACCACUCUCAAAAAUGGUUUGGUAAAAGAUAUAACAGUUCCUAAAAGAAAUAAGGACGAGCCUAGAAAUACAAGCGAAGAUCCUUCUGCCACUGUAAAAAAAGGAAAAAUUAAAGAGUGUGUCGAUUUUAGUGGGGGGAGGAGGAGUCCAUCACCAGAUAUCGAAGAUGUAAUAGUUCCCAGUGGCUCUAAUGUUAAGCGUAGGAAGAAGCAGAAAAGAAAUGCUGGAGAAUGCCAAUUAAAUCGUAGAGAAGAGGAUGACGAAAUAUUGAAUGAACGGGUGAAUGUUGAUAUUGUGAACGCCGAAGUCAAUUUAAUCAACGAACUGUUGGAUCAGAUGCCUCAGGCGGUUGUUGAAAAUGGCGAUUUGGUCAACAACAAUAGGGAUUUUGAAGGGAACAAUUAUCCUAAUGCAGCCCGUGACGUCGAAGAAAUACAAAACGAAGAUAAUGAAAAUCAAAAUAGAGUGGAACAUGUCGAAGAAAAUGAAGUGCAACAAGACUUUGAAAACAGAAAUGAAAAUAACGAUCGGCAGCCAUUGAGGCUUAGAAACGAGGUUCAAGCUGUUCAGGAUGCUGGGCGAGAUGUUGGUGAAGGUGCAGAGGAGCUCCCAGAGGUGGAACAAGCUAGUAGGGAUAGUGACACAAUAAUAUAA